AUGGGUAACCACACAGCCCUUCCUAAAGAUGUCCUGCCGCCGGAUGUCUACUACUUCGCCGAGUUGACCCCCACAAAUCAUGCAGGUGUCGUAUGGGUCGUCUGCAUUCUCAGUUUGACAUAUGGGCUUCUCUGCAGUGGGGUCCGCUUUACUCUCCGUCGCGGCAUGUAUGGUUUUGACGAUGCCGCCAUACUGGUGUCGACUCUCGCAAGUGUUGUCCAACACUCCUUUGUGUUUCUUGCUCUCGAAAACGGUCUCGGAGAUUCGUCGAGUACCAUACAGCACAAACAUCAAGAAACGCUUACAGAAAGCACCUACACGAGGCUUGUCCUUUUUUUCGUCGUCCACUAUUUGGCCAAAACCUCGUUAACCUUGUUUACUCGUCGCUUGUUCUAUGGUCAAGAGAAAUUCAACCAGCUUAUAUGCGAUGCUUUGGUCGUCGUCAACCUGGUUUUUGGAGUAAUUAGUAUUCUGCUUCUGACCAUCAAUUGCCAAUCUGGAUGGUACUUUAAGUCUAAGGACGUAUGCCCGAAGCUGCUCACCAGAUGGAUCGUCAUCAAGUCACUUGACGUUUUGGCAGAGCUGGCCCUAGUUCUUGUCCCGAUAGUCCUCAUAUGCAGGAUUCUGCUCAACCCCAAGCACAAAACCGUCAUCAUUGGAACCUUCGCUGCCAGGCUUCCUGUCAUCGCCUUCACGAUCCUCCAUUUGUACUAUCUGAACAAGUCGUUGCGUGAUACUCAUGAUCGAGGCAUUGCAUUAGUCAAGCCAGUUGUAUGGCUUCAGGCCACAAUUCUAUGGAGUAUGGUCACAGCAUCACUGCCGUCUUUCCGACCUCUCGUCUCGCCUUUUGAAACUGUCAUGGAAGACUCCACCACGCACUCCACAUCGGUAUACAACGGUGCUGCGCUUAUGAUGGGCUCUGAUAAGGACAAGACUGGAGAGUCUCCUACCUCAUGGGGAAGCUUGAGUGGAGGCAGGAUAUCUCAGCUUGAAGCAGUAGCCAGUAAUGGGAGUCAGAUAGCGAAGUUCAAGGGGACCAACGAAACCACAAUCGAAGGACCGAAGAGAAAACUGUUUCGCCUAUCGAAAAAGGAGGACGACAUCGAGCUCGGCACCAUCCAACACAUCACAGACUUCGAGGUCACAUACGAACAGGUUGUCAAGCCAAGUCGAUGGAGCAAGGUUUGGCGUGAGUCGGGCUCUACAAUGGUCGAGGAUAGACCUUUUUCGGUGGGAGCAGUGAGCAGACCUGACGAAACGCCACCUCCUCGGAGACGAAGCACAUACGCCUUUAUUGACGAGGCCGAAUCGAUCCGCGAAGCUCGUGAGGCUUCAAACGACGAUCAGUCGGCUUGA